CCGCGACUGACAACUGCGCCAGCGCUCUAAGCCACGCUCAUUGGCGGAGGAGCGGCGACCACGUGAUGGCAGAUGUAAACAGUUUUUUUUUUCUUCUUCCCCUUAAGAAAACUUUAUUAACACCUCUUUGUUUCCAGUGCAAUACAUAACAAUGGAUAUUCGGAAGUUUUUUGGUGUCACCCCAGUUGCCAAAAAAUCAACAAAUGAGAAGGAUAAAAAAGAGAAUAUCAAAAGUCCUCAUGGAGGUCCCACACGCAAGAAGUCAAAUGACAAAAAGUUAAAAAGUCCAGUCAGUGAUGAGGAGCUGAAGAAGAAGCAGCUGAGUAACAAGAAGAAGAGGAUCAUCUAUGAUUCAGACUCAGAAGAAGACACGCCACCAGUAAAAAAAUCAAAAAGGCCCCAGGAAAUAUCGCCACCGAUUUCAAAGCCGCUAAAGGUUAAAAAGCCUGACCCUGUUGACUUUGUCUCAGAUACAGAUGAAGAAGACUUUGCUUUGUUGAGAAAGCCUAAGAAACCCAAAGAAAAUGGAACUACUUCUGUUUCUCCUCCUCCUCCUCCUUCAAAGCCUCCUGUCACUAACAAAACGCCUGUACCUGCCAAGGCUAAAACACCAGAAAAAUAUGUGUGUACAUCAGUGGAGGAUUUCUUUGGAAUGGGCAGCAUUAAGCGAUCUAACAAGAAGCUUGUGGAAGCCAAGAAAGAAAAACCGCGUAGAAGCACGGAUGACUCUAUGAAGGAUGACGAAGCUAUUGCUAGAGAAUUGCAACUAGCCGAGGAUGAAGAAUUGGAAAGACAGCUCCACGAUGAUGAAGAAUUUGCUAGGACACUGGCAAUGAUAGAUGAGAAUCCUAGAGAUAAGGCACAAAGAAAUGGUGAAAAGAAGCAGAUGUCUCCGCCAUCAAAGAAAAGCCCAGCAAAGGCAGAUAAACCUUCAGCUAGGAAAAUGAGCCAGUCUGAUACAUCAACAGCAGUUAAGAAGGAAAAAGAUAUAAAAGAGACUUCACACGAGCAGCCAGAGAGUUCAUCUUCAACCAAAGGAAAGACUUCUCCAGUCAAGACCAGCUCUAAGCUAGCGUUUAUGAAAAUGAAGGAUGAAGCCCAACACCAGGAGGUGAAGAUAUCUAGCCCAGUUACAAAAAGCAAGGUGAUAUCUCCAAAGAAGGAGACUACCACCCCUGUAAGAACAGCUAAAAAAUCAGAGUCUAGUCCUGAAGACUCUGACAAAAAGCGUGGUAACUCUACCGCCUAUAGAAACUUUCUAAAUCGAGAAGGCCCUAAAGCUCUUGGCUCCAAGGAAAUUCCCCAGGGGGGAGAGAACUGCUUAGAGGGCCUAACGUUUGUCAUCACUGGGGUCCUGGAGUCCAUAGAGCGAGAUGAGGCCAAAUCAUUAGUAGAGCGCUAUGGGGGCAAAGUAACUGGAAAUGUCAGCAAGAAGACAAACUACCUCAUCCUGGGCCGUGAUGGUGGGGAGUCCAAGCGCGAGAAGGCAGAAAGUUUUAGGACAAAGAUUAUUGAUGAGGAUGGCCUGUUUGAGUUAAUCCGCACUUUACCUGGAAAAAAAUCAAAGUAUGUUAUAGCAGCGGAAGCCGAGGCAAAAACCAAAGGUAAAGCAGAAAGGACCCCAGAGAAGGUAGCCAAAAAACCUAGCCCGGUAAAGAGGAAACUAACGCCAGAGAAGAGACAGUCACCAAGAGGAAAGAAACCAGCAGGCGAGGAGAGCACAAGUAAUGAUUGGAGGACGAGCAUCAAACAGGAGAAGCCGAGCUCUGCUAAAUCAUUGAACUUACUGCCGAUCAGUGGCAAGACAGAGAGUUUACUGUGGGUUGAUAAAUACAAACCAAACUCUGUAAAGGCCAUCAUAGGACAGCAGGGAGACCAGAGCUGUGCCAACAAACUCAUCAGGUGGCUAAAAGACUGGUACAGGAAUCACUCGUCUGAUGACAAGAAACCUGCUGCAAAAUAUAACAAAUUUGGAGGCAAGGAUGAUGGGUCAUCCUAUAAAGCUGCCCUGCUUUCUGGACCACCAGGUGUUGGUAAAACCACAACAGCUGUUUUGGUGUGUGAGGAGCUUGGCUACAGUUACGUGGAGUUAAAUGCUAGCGACGCUCGCAGCAAAAACAGCAUGAAAGAAGUGGUAGCAGAGUCUUUGAAUAACACCAGCAUUAAAGGGUUUUACUCAGGGACCAGCAAAUUUGUCAAUUCUAAACAUGUUCUGAUCAUGGAUGAAGUGGAUGGAAUGGCUGGAAAUGAGGAUCGAGGAGGGGUGCAGGAGCUGAUCUCUUUGAUCAAAAGUUCCAAGAUUCCCAUCAUCUGUAUGUGCAAUGACCGUAAUCAUCAAAAGAUCCGAUCACUAUCUAACUACUGUUUUGACCUCCGCUUCCAAAGACCAAGAGUGGAACAAAUAAAGGGAGCUAUGAUGUCUGUGGCAUUUAAAGAGGGCUUAAAGAUUCCCCCUCCGGCUAUGAAUGAAAUAAUUCUGGGGGCAAACCAGGAUAUUCGGCAGGUGCUGCAUAAUCUCAGUAUGUGGUGCGCUAGCAACAAAGCCUUGACCUAUGAUGAAGCGAAGAGUAAUGCUAACAAAGCUAAAAAGGACAUUAAAAUGGGUCCCUUUGAUGUUGUACGCAAAGUCUUUGUUAGUGGUGAAGAAACUGCUCACAUGACCCUGAUAGACAAGUCAGACCUCUUCUUCCAUGACUACUCACUGGCACCUCUCUUUGUACAAGAAAAUUAUGUUCAUGUCAAACCUGCCGCUGCAGGAGGAGAUAAGAAGAAACACUUGCUUCUUCUGAGUAAGGCAGCCGACAGUAUAUGUGAUGGGGAUCUUGUAGAUAGGGUUAUUCGUAGUAAGCAGAUCUGGAGCCUCCUGCCUACACAGGCAAUAUAUGCCAGUGUCAUUCCUGGAGAGCUGAUGAGGGGGUAUAUGUCCCAGUUUCCAAGCUUUCCUAGUUGGCUGGGAAAAUACUCUAGUACAGGCAAACAUGACCGCAUCACCCAGGAGCUUGCAAUGCACACGUCUCUUAGAACAAGAACAAGUAAGAGUGCACUAAACUUGGAUUACUUGCCAUAUAUGCGGGACAAGCUGGUGCAGCCAUUGACAGAGCAUGGGGCAGAUGGUGUACAGGAAGUGGUGGCUCUUAUGGACACAUACUACUUAAUGAAGGAAGAUUACGAUAAUAUGAUGGAGAUCUGCAGCUGGGGAGGAAAACCCACCCCAUUCUCCAAACUGGAUUCAAAGGUGAAAGCGGCCUUCACACGUGGCUACAACAAAGAAGCCCAUCUCACCCCGUAUUCUCUACAAAUAGUCAAGGCCUCCAAAAAAGACACUGCUUCUCCACUGCAGUCCGAAUAUAGCGAAGAGGCAAACCCUGAAGACACGCAGGCUGAAGAGAAUCAGGAAGACGAUGGUGUCACUGGAGACGCAAUGAUAAAGGCAAAAAAAGCUAAGUCAAAGUCUUCCUCAAAGUCUUCCAAGGAUGAAAAAAAAGGUGGAGACAAAAAAACAAGUAAAGCCCCAGGUAAAGCAAAAACUAAGAAAGCCAAGUGAGAAGUGUAUUGGGAGGACGGAUCUCAUCCUGGAUUUGGAUGGAAGCAUAUAAUUUCCCAUCAUUCAUCGUGUACAGUAGUAAGGAAAGACUCUAGGCACCCAUAGCUUUAGUACAAUUCAGGCCUGUGUACUUUUUGGCCAUUCUCCAGCACUUUUACCCAGAUGUACUUUAUUUUACAGAGCCUUCCCUACUUUCUUCUUUUGUAUAUAGAAUAUAAACAGUACUUUGUUUUGUAUAAUAAUAUUGUAACUAUAUAAAAAGCUUCAUUAAACUUAGUUUCACAGAAAAUG